AUGAUAAAACCAACAAACGUAUCGCACACAAAACCAGUACAAUCGCACCCGCUGGCCGAGGACACACGUUUUAAAAAGACGUUCGAGCUUAUCGCACGCAACGGAUACACACAGUACUCUGAAGUUUCCCGCAAUGGCAACUGCUUUUACACAUCGAUAAUCGUGAGCCUGCUUUACGGUGAUGAUAUUACCGUGAAGAAUGAUUUUAAGGCUUUGAUAGUGAAGGGCGGUGUUGAGGAGUACGUGUUUGAGGAUUUUUAUGAUGAUUUUAUGGGGUUUAUGAGGGAGAGGAAGAUUAUUAGGGAGAGUGGAGGGUUGGUGGAUGAGAAUGGAGGGAGUGGUGAUGAGAGAUGUGCGGAUGAGAGAUGUGGUGAUGGGAGAUGUGCGGAUGAGAGAUGUGCGGAUGAGAGAUGUGCGGAUGAGAGAUGUGCGGAUGAGAGUGGAAAUGAUGAGAGGAAAGGAAAAUGUGGAGAUAAUGAUGGGAAGAAAGGAAAAUAUGGAGAUAAUGAUGAGAGGAAAGGAAAAUAUGGAGAUAAUGAUGAGAGGAAAGGAAAAUAUGGAGAUAAUGAUGGGAAGAAAGGAAUUGAUGGGAAAAGCACCGAGAAGUGUGAAAAUGGUGGCAAAGGUGAUCGCAUGGGAUGUGCGAGUGAUGAACGAAGUAGUAAGAAACAGAACAUGGCGGGUGAAAAUAUAAAUGCGAGGAGAGCGGAUGAGAAAAGAAUGAAUGACAGGAACAUGACAAACAAAUCGAAUGGCGGUGUUGUUGAGCAGAAAGCGGAACAGAUGAGCAGUGCAACAAACAAGCAGCAUAUAAAUGACAUGGUCAUGGAGCAGCACGAUGCAACCACGAGUGACAGUCUGAUCGGUGUGAACCUGCAAAUCAAUUCGUGCAACGGUGCAUCUACCACGGCCCUUCUAAGCGAUUGGAGCGCAAGCACAAGGUCGGUAAACACGGACACGAACUCACCGCAAGCAGAGGCACGCGAUGAUGAAUCAAAGGACCAAAGGGAUCAGUUCUACCAGUGCUCAAGUGCAGAUUACUUUAUUGAUGAGUCCGUAGAAAUACGUGAUAAGGACAGCAUGUUUGAGAUGAUAGACCUUAACUCGCUUACGAUGUUUCUGAAGCUGCUGAUCUCAACGGAGAUGAAGCUGAAUGAGGAUCUGUAUGCACCGUUUCUGGCAAAGCCUGUGGGUGCAUACGUAUCAGAAUCGGUGGAGCCUUUCUACAAGGAUACUGAAUAUGUUGAUAUAAUGGCAUUCAGCCGCAUGCUUGGCAUAAAAGUUCUUGUGUACACGAUAGAAGGGCAGUGCAAUGAAAUUGGGGAUGGAAGUGUUGAGCUGGGGAUCCUCCACACGUUUGACCACUUUGAGCCGCUUCUGAAAUAA